AUCAUGAACCGUGUCGUGCUCUACGUUCUCAUCGCAUUUGCUGCACCAGCGAGGUUGAUAAGCGAUGACGUUGGUCGUAUCUCUAAUGGAUUUAACGGUGCUACGACUAGUGUUGUCGACGCCGAAAAAUACCCUUUCAUAGUUUCGGUGUCGUUGAAUGACAACCACAUUUGUGGAGGAUUUAUCUACAAUUCUCGAUUUAUCGUUACAGCAGCCUCUUGUGUCUUUAAUAAAACCACAGCUCAAAUUCAGGUGACGGUGGGUCAACUGUCCCUGAUUCUUCCAGAUCCAGGAGAGAUGCGCCUUCAAGUUAGAGCAAUUUAUGUUCACGAAAAUUACGACAAUAUCACUAAAGUCAACGACAUCGCUAUGCUUGAGACAUCCCAGACGAUAGAAUUCAAUGCAAAUGUCAAUUUUACGUAUUACGACACUGUUGGUGAUGGUCCUCUUGCCAUUGUUAGUGGAUGGGGUGCAGUUGACGAAUCAAAAGUUGUGUCUACCAAACUACGGGAAGCUCGUGUUUAUCCGCCUAUCAACUGUGAUUUGUUUCCUGCUGACGUCUACGAUUCAAACUUCAUGUUCUGCUGGGGGCAAAGCGAGGAUGACAAUGGUAUACGUCCAUGUCAAUACGACGAAGGUUCACCACUGUUUAAGCCAAUCUCACCCACAACAUAUCUCGUUGUGGGUAUCGUCUCCAAAAAUUUGGGGUGUGGUGACAGCGAAAUCUUUGAAACCAUCUACACUAGACUAUCGGCUUACUACGGUUGGAUGCUGAGAACUGGUGGUCCGCAACCUUAAAUCCCAAUGAAAUGCAUGCAUUAAUUAUCCUAAUUGAAAAUCAACCACAUGAAGUAAACAAUGACAAUGUUUAAAUGAAAUUUCAUCGAGCAUCUUCAAUUUGAUUUGUUGUGUUGCUUGAUAAGCUGGCAGCCAAAAUGAAAAGGUCCAUCACAUUUCAUACUGAAUAAUAUCAGGGGUUUAUACUUACCGCUAUCAGUUCUGGCUCAGCGUCACAGCCAUGAUAUUGCCUGGUCAAGGAUAAAGACUGCACCUAUGAAAAAGAAAGCAACAAGUUUUAUUGUUGCACAGUAAGAAUAACAAAAACCUUUGAGAAUCAAUUUAACAAAAUAAGUAAUAGAACUACUCGACGAGUAAAAAUGCGGAUAUCGGCGGCUAUUUCCUUUCUAAUUGUCAUCACGUCUCUAACACACGAAUCGUUCGUUAUUGCCACGGGUAAAACUGUCAAUGGGCGUAUCACGGGCGGGACUCCGGCUGCGAUUGGAGAGUUCCCUCACGUAGUGGCCAUUAAAGUAGACAAAGAAUUCCGUUGCGGCGGAUUUAUUUACAACGAACGGUGGGUAAUCACGACUGCAUCCUGCGUCUACGGAUUCACAAAUCUUUUGGACCGGGUGACAGUGGAAGCUGGUGUAGUAUCGUUGGAUUCCACCUCCGUACCGAGUCAACAACUUAUUCGGAUCGAGUCGUUCCACGUGUACGAUUCUUACGACGAAUCUCUUACGGGACCGCUGCACGAUCUUGCCCUGAUACAGACAAAUUCGCCUUUCAUUUUCGAUUCGUACGUAAAUUUUUCGUAUUACGACGAAUUGAGCCAAAAUCCCGAACAAUUAAUUUUCACUGGAUGGGGCAGUACCACAGGAAAUGGCGGUCUGUAUUCAAACGAGUUGCAAAACGCAACGAUUACCUUGAAUUAUAAUUCAACUAUUUGUCAACUGGCUUACGAAAUUUACAAUGACGCUUACAUGAUCUGCACCGGAGAUGAACUAGACCAUGCAAGUCCAUGUUACUAUGACGAAGGAUCGCCUUUGAUGCAGAAUGGAUUUGUUGUUGGAGUCAUGUCGAGGAAUAAGGGCUGCGACGCAGCUGGAACGAUUGAACCGACCAUUUUCACACGGCUGUCACCUUACUACAAUUGGAUAUCCACUACGGCUGGAUUGCAACCAGUUUUAUCCAAUCUCUCCUUGUAAAAAGUGACCCUAAAAAAACAUUCGAAAAAUAAUAAUAAAACCAAGAUUAAUCCGA